AGCAAAGGAGAUAACAAAUGGAAUUAGUGUAUCUUCUCUGCUCUAUACUCUCCACUUCCUUCACUUCCUUCUUCCUGUCUCUUCUCCUCCUUUUUCGCCUUCUGCUCCGCCGAUUAGGUGACGCCGCCGGAGAUGUAGCCGGAGCCGGAGCCGGAGAAGGAGACGGAGAAGACUCCGUUUCUCUUUAUGAAGGAACUGUAUGGCACGAACGACGUCGUCCGGUUCACCAUUCAUUUCGAUAUCCGGUUCGUUACGCACUUAUUGACCUUGAUCGUUCGUCUAAUCCGCCAUCUGAUCACUUCUCAGCUCAUGAAGCUCGUCGCAUUUCUGGCACUACUGGUCCAGUUUUCUUGUUGACAAUACCGCCCAGUGUGGGAUAUGUGCAAAAUCCGUUGAGUUUGUAUUAUUGCUAUGAUACUGAAGGCUCCUUGCAGAAUUUGAAGAAAUGCAUUGCUGAGGUGACUAACACCCCAUGGGGUGAAAGGGUAUCAUUUCUGUUCAACCCAAACUCAGAUGUAGUUGCAAAAUCUCUUCAUGUUAGUCCUUUCAUGGAUAUGCUAGGAAACUGGACCAUGAAAACAAAUACACCUGGGGAUAAUCUAUUUGUAACAAUUUCAGUAAAUCAUCCGAAACAUGGUGAAUAUUUCUCAGCUUCAUUGAUGGCCAAAAGAGUAUCAUCCUCCACACAUACUGAUCUAGAUUUAUUUUUCUGGCUAAUGCCUCACAAGGUUGCAUUAGGGAUAUAUUGGCAGGCUCUUAAGCUUUGGUGGAAGGGUGUUCCUUUCUUGCAACAUCCAAGGUACUACAAUCCUAGAUACAGAGAAGAAGCCAUACUAUCUGAUGAGAAGCUUCAAUGUUGUCCGGUGUUUGUAUAUGAGACACAGAACAAUCAACAGGCUGGAGAGCACUGUUCCAAUCCUGCAGAUCACUCAACUUCAAGACAUCAUGGCUUCACUUGGAGGGAUGCAAAAUGGCCCUGGUGCUAACAGGAAUGCAGUAAGUGUCUAAGAUAUAACGUUAAGAUCUUUCUCUUUCUCCAGGGCCAGUUUUUUAAUGUUCCAGUACUGUCUUGAAGUUUUGAUUUGCAUUGCGAAGUUAAUAUGUUUUUCUAUGUUCAAUUAUUUUCUGCAAGAGUAGCUCAGCCUUUCGUAAAUAAAUGGCCCUCUUGACAAGAAAAUUAAGAAAAGAGAGUCUGGGUAAGUGUUGAUGUCAAACAAUUUAGAUUUUCAAUUUUCAUGAUAACCUUACAAAGUCAAGCUAGUACAUUAACAGCAUGA